UUUACCAAACUUAAGGCUUAAUCGCUCUAAGAAGAAAUGCAUCUUUUGGUUUAUCUCUCGCUAUUCUUUGCUCUGGCACUUGCAUCGGUCACUGAAAUUUCUCUGGAUAAUAAACACAGACACAGACACGAACAACAAGGCCAUCAUGACAGUGCCAAACAUGGCCACCAAAAAGAUAAACAGCAACAAGAACAAAUUAAGAAUGAUGAAGGAAAGCUCACAAAAGAGGAGAAGAUCCUAUCAGAGGAAAAUUCAGAUUUUUCUGUUAAUCUUUUCAAUCAACUUUCUACUGAGAGUAAACGGUCCCCUAGAAAAAACAUAUUUUUCUCACCUAUAAGCAUAUCAGCAGCUUUUUAUAUGUUAGCCUUGGGUGCCAAAUCUGAAACUCACCAACAAAUUCUCAAAGGUCUGAGCUUUAACAAAAAGAAACUUAGUGAAAGUCAAGUGCAUGAAGCAUUUAAGCGUCUUAUUGAGGACUCAAAUAAUCCAAUGAAGGCUCAUCAGUUCACCAUUGGAAACGCUCUGUUUGUAGAGCAGACCGUGAAUAUUUUGAAAGGUUUUGAAGAAAAUGUGAAGCAUUACUACCAAGCAGGGGUCUUCCCUAUGAACUUCAAGGACCCAGAUAACGCCAAGAAACAGCUCAAUAACUACGUGAAAGAUAAAACACAUGGAGUCAUACAAGAAAUGAUCCGUGAACUUGAUUCAAACACUGAGAUGGUUUUGGUGAACUAUGUCCUCUACAAAGGAGAAUGGGCUAAUAACUUUAAUCCAACUCUUACUCAGAAGAGUCUUUUCUCAGUUGAUAAAAACACCAAUGUUACAGUUCAAAUGAUGAAUCGGCUGGGUCUUUAUAGAACCUACCAAGACGAUGAUUGUAAAAUUAUAGAACUGCCAUAUAAGAAUGAUACAGCAAUGCUGCUUGUUGUUCCUCAACUGGGAAAAAUCCAGGAACUGGUUUUGACAUCAAAAUUAAUAAACCACUGGUACGAGUCAUUAGCAACUAGCAUUGUGGAUCUUUAUAUGCCAACAUUUUCUAUCAGCGGUAAAGUUGUGCUAAAAGAUACCCUCCGCAAGAUGGGAAUAUCAGAUAUAUUCACUGAUAAAGCAGAUUUAACUGGGAUUUCUGAACAAAUCAAACUGAAGGUCUCCAUGGCUUCUCACAAUGCUGUACUGAAUGUCAAUGAAUUUGGAACAGAAGCAGUCGGAGCAACAUCAGCCCAAGCGAGCCCUACUAAACUCUUUCCACCAUUUCUUAUCGAUAGUCCUUUCCUAGUGAUGAUCUAUAGCAGGACUCUAGGCAGUCAACUCUUUAUGGGCAAAGUUAUGGACCCAACUAAUGCACAAUGAUACAAAGCUAAGACUUUUAUGUCACUCAAAUAAAUCUACACUAAAUGCUGUAUUGUGUUAAAUGUGUUGAAGUAUGUGAACCAUUUCAAUAUUAAAGCUGACUGAAC